ACCUCCUCCUCCUCCUCCCCGUCUGCAGCCGGAAGGGGGAUGUGAUGUAAAAAUCAGAGAAACUUUCGGAAGAUCCCGGAGAUUGUUACAGAAGUUGUGCAAAAGAACAGGAAAAAAAAGGGAGUCUGUGGAGCCGGCGAGAGGCGACGUCGGAGUGAAGAUUCGUGGGGACGGAGCACGGAACCCCCGGGGGGCCGCCGGAAUUCUGCCUAAAGGUCGCCGUCAUCCCAGCGCCGGGCGGAAUCCGCCGACCUCCUAGGAACCCGCCAAGCCUCUCCUGGAUCAGACUUUCAUUAAGUGGCCGUGAAAUGUAGGUGUAUGACGGCCGCUGGCGUGGACUUGACUGGACGGAUCUCCCACCUCGAGGGUCCUGGCGUCCCAGAAUGUAUCUCCGCUUACUCUUAUUGGCUCUGCUGACUGGAGGCGCAAACACAGAAGUCAUUCCUGCCAUAUGUCGCUAUGCUCUGGGGAUGCACGACAGAACCAUACGUGAUGAAGAUAUCACAGCGUCCAGUCAGUGGUACGAGUCAACCGGACCCCAGUACGCGAGACUGCAGAGAGAGGAAGGCGAUGGGGCCUGGUGUCCGGCGGGUCUCCUACAGCCCGAAGAUGUGCAGUUUUUGCAGAUCGAUCUCCACAAACUUUUCUUCAUCACACUGAUAGGAACCCAAGGACGCCACGCACGGGCCACUGGAAAAGAGUUUGCAAGGUCCUAUCGUGUAGAUUAUAGUCGUGAUGGAGAGCGGUGGCUUUCUUGGAAGGACCACCAAGGCCACCAGAUCAUUAAAGGUAACGAUGAUGAGUAUGAAGUGGUCCUCACUGAUCUCCGGCCUCCGAUAAUUGCUCGGUACAUCCGGGUAAUUCCUGUGACCCAGGUUCCGAUGACUGUCUGUAUGCGAGUGGAGUUCUACGGCUGUGUCUGGAUAGAUGGCCUGAAGUCAUAUAGCAUCCCCGAAGGCGAGACCUACAUGUCACCAGGACAGCCAGUGGCAUAUCUGAACGAUUCCACCUAUGAUGGAUAUUUGGAAAACAGGCGCCUCUCGGGUGGCUUGGGUCAGCUAACAGAUGGUGUUCACGGACUGGACGACUUCGCUCAGAGUCAUCAAUACCGUGUCUGGCCAGGUUACGACUACGUGGGCUGGAAAAAUGACAGCACGCGCAACGGAUACGUGGAGAUGGAGUUCCACUUUGACAGACCCAGAAACUUUACAUCUAUGAAGGUUCACUGCAACAACAUGUUUUCCAAAGGGGUGAAGAUUUUCCAAAAAGCUGAGUGCCUCUUUAAAUCCCGGCUGCAGUCUGACUGGGAGCCGGAGCGUGUCGGGGUGGUCACGGUUCUUGAUGAUAAAAACCCCAGCGCCAGGUUUGUCAUUAUACCCCUUCAGCAGCGGGUCGGCAGUGCGAUCCUUUGUCGCUUCUACUUCGCCGAUACGUGGAUGAUGAUCAGCGAGAUUUCCUUCCAGUCAGACAUGGACAUUUCGAUGCCCACCCUUGUUACUCUUCCACCAACUACUGUCAAAGCUGGGACCACUGAGAUUCCUUUUGUGAACACUACUGAACGGAAAACCGAAACCAGUUUUCCAUACACUAUUAGCCGACCACUGGAAAAAAAUGAGGAGUCUCGCACCUCCGUUCUGAUUGGCUGUCUGGUGGCCAUAAUACUACUGCUUCUGGUCAUCAUCGUCCUCAUCCUCUGGAAGCAGUACAUCCAGAAGAGGCUGGAAAAGUCUCCACGACGAAUCCUUGAAGAAGAUGCCACGGUGCGCCUGUCGUUUUACAGUUACACCAUCGGAAACAGUAACCAGACCCAAAUCCACCAGUCCAAUCCCACCUACGAGAGGAUAUUUCCUCUGGAUCUGGAUUACCAGCAGCCGACCAAACCACUACGCAAGCUGCCCGAGCUGUCGCAAAGUGCCGAGGAUUCAGCCUGCAGUGGGGACUAUGCCGAACCCGAUCUGACCAAGUCCACCCCACAUCAAGGAUUCCAGAACAGCGUUCCUCACUACGCCGAGACGGACAUCGUGAAUCUGCAAGGUGUGACAGGCAAUAAUAUGUACGCUGUGCCGGCCCUCACCGUGGACUCGCUCACCAAGAAGGAUAUCAGUGUUGGCGAGUUCCCGCGCAACCAACUGCGGCUGAAGGAGAAACUGGGAGAGGGACAGUUUGGGGAGGUCCAUCUGUGCGAGGUGGAAGGGCUGCUUGAUUUCCUGGAGAUGUCAUCGAGUGAGUUCAGCAACCAGCCGGAUUUGGUGGCAGUAAAGAUGCUGAGGGCGAAUGUCACAAAAACCGCCAGAAAUGAUUUUUUGAAAGAGAUAAAAAUCAUCUCCCGUCUUAAGCAUCCCAACAUCAUUCGCUUGCUGGGCGUCUGCGUCCGAGACGACCCUCUGUGCAUGAUCACAGAAUACAUGGAGAACGGGGAUCUCAACCAGUUCCUGACCCAGAGAGAGAUCCGUAGUCAGUUCACCACGGCCAACAACAUCCCGUCUGUCAGCGAGCGGAACCUCCUGUACAUGGCCACGCAGAUCGCCUCCGGAAUGAAAUAUCUGGCAUCUCUGAAUUUCGUGCACCGAGAUCUGGCUACAAGGAACUGCCUGGUGGGGAACAGUUACACGAUCAAGAUCGCAGAUUUUGGGAUGAGCCGAAAUCUGUACAGCGGCGACUAUUACCGCAUCCAAGGCAGAGCCGUGCUCCCCAUACGCUGGAUGGCUUGGGAAAGCAUUCUCCUGGGGAAGUUCACCACAUCCAGCGACGUCUGGGCCUUUGGGGUGACCCUGUGGGAGAUGUUCAGCCUGUGCAAGGAACAGCCGUACAGCCUCUUAUCAGAUGAGCAAGUGAUCGAAAACACCGGCGAGUUCUUCAGGGAUCAGGGGCGACAGAUCUAUCUCUCCCAGACACCUCUGUGUCCAACGCCGAUCUUCGACUUGAUGAUGAAAUGCUGGAGCAGAGACAUAAAGGAUCGACCGACCUUUGAGACGAUCCACAAUUUCCUGAUAGAGCAACUGGAUUCCACGGUGUAGCCUGGAAUGGAUUACCAAUCGUGGGUGAAAAUACCCAGCCAGAAGAGGCAGGUUCUUGUACCUCCCAACUCAUCUGGAGCUAUUCUGGACAUGGCCUUAGUUUUCUAGAUGUAGAUGUAGAAGGACCAAGAGACAAUGAUCUCCUGUAGCGCUCGUAGCUUUCCUGGGACCGCACCGGAAUUGUCUGUCUGCACUACACUUCGGGCCCCCACGCACCCCCCAACGAGGGAGAAACCCGCUGGGAUCGAGGACUGGAAAACCAUGUGAGAUAGGAGACUUUUGCUCACUGAAAAGUACCACUACAUGCCUGUGUGUAUUAACGUGUAGCCUGUGUGCGCGCAUACACACUUAUUCACUACGUAUACUGCCACUGCACACAAAGCAUUUUUACCUAUUUAUUUAACCAUGCUGCCGCCCGGCAGAGCUGUUUGUACAUAGGAAUCAUGUAACGUGUUUGUGCCACUGAUUUGUCAUGAAGUCUAAACAGGGACAGCCGUUAACCAGUCUUAAAACCUAGGCGUACCAGCAGGGCGUCACUACACCGGCAUACACGCCGCAUGUACCAGCCAGUGCCUUCCAUUAUUACGUGACGUUCAACCUAUCGACCAACACAGCACUCAUCCUCACACUCCACCCACUGCU